GUUAAUUCUCCGCUUUUCCUUUGUGCUACAUCGGAUCCGUGAUUGUCACCAUAUCGACGAUUUGCGGAAAAUAGUAAUUUUAACCCGUAUCCCCCGCUUGGCACCCUGAAGUUCCUGGACGAUUUUCGAAACAGUGACAGAGAAGUGCCAGAGCUGCUGGCUGAGGCAUAUUUCUUGACUCUUGAGUAUCCCGGAGGAUAAGAGCCGUAUCUCGGAUGGUGUUUUACAUUGUUGGCAAACUGCAAGGAGACAGGAGGACAGACGUUUUACUCAGAAUGUUGGAAUAAAACCGAAGCAUUCCGGUGAUGUUCAGAGGAACAAUUUAGAUGCAUAUCGUGGUGAUGCAAUGCAGCCGACCGCGGUGCGGAAGAAUGGGACCAAAUUUGUACGGCGCAGCUGCUUCCUACUUCCGAUAAACGAACAAACGGAUUGCCGGAAUGCAAAAAAUCACCUGGAGCUAUCACGAGCCCUCGAGGCUCGUCUGGACUAUCCACGACACCAACCAAGACGCAUGUUCCUAGAUUGCUCGAUGGGAAAAUCAUUGAAGAUUACGAAAUAACGAACAGAGGUUUCCAUAUUGUUUGAACAUUCUAACCCUUUUCAAACGAGUGUAGGCAAAUGGCAAUAAAUUAAGAUGUGUACAACAACAACAAUCAUUUUCUGCCAUGAACAUUCAAUCAAUGUUGAAUUGUAUUCGACAUACCCGAAGGUCCAAAUUAUAUGUAAUAAAUCUCAAAACAUCCGAAAUGCUUCAUCCAGAUAAUCGUACAGAUUGCAAAAGGCGUACCGAAAGAGGAUUGGGUCCAGGGAUUGCUCCAAAAAAUACUCAAGGUAUUGCUGCAGGUUUCCAUCAGAGAUUGCUCCAGAAAUUCCUAUAAAAAUUCUUCCAGAGAUUUCUCAGAAAUUCCUUCAGAUUCCUCCAGGAAUUCCUUCGAGGUUUCCUCCAGGAAUUUUUUCAAAGGCUCCUCCAAGAAUACCUCCAGGCAUUCGUCCUGUGAUGCCUCCAGGAAUUUCUUCAAAGAUUUCUCCAAAAAUGCCUAGAGGGAUUUAUCCUGGGAUUCCUCCAUGAAUACCGCCGGUAAAUCUUCCAGAUUCCUCCAGAAAUUCUUCCUGGGAUUUCUUCAGGAAUUUUUGUUGGAAUUCUCCAGGAAUAUUUCCAGGGAUUCCUCCCGGAAUACCGCCGAUACACCUUCCAAAAUAUCCACAUGGAAUUCGUCCAGGAAUUCCCGCCGAGAUUCCUCCAGGAAUUCCUCCGGGGAUUCCUCCAGAUCUAGAAUUUUUUCCGGGAAUUCCUCCAAGAACUCCUUCGGGGGUUCAUUCAGGAAUUUCUUCAAAGACUCCUCCAGGGCUGCCUGCUGGAAUUUCUCCAGGGAUUCUUCUAGGAAUACCUCCAGGGAUUCUUCAAGGAAUUCCUUCAGGCAUGCCCGUAACUACAGCGCAAUUGGCCCCUCAAUUUCAAUGUCGUGCACGCUUGUUAUACACUACUGCCAGCGUGCCUGACAUUGGAACUGAGGGGCCAAAUGGGUUGUUAUAUGCAUGUCUCCGGGGAUUUCUCCAGGUAUAUCUCCAGGGAUUCAUCCUAGGAUUCCUUCAUGAGUUUCUUCAAAAAAUCCUCCAAAAGUACCUCCAGGGAUUUCUCCAGGCAUUCCUCCAGGAACAUCUCCAGGGAUUCAUUCUGGGAUUCCUCCAAUAAUUCCUCCAGGGAUUCCCUGGAACUCCGUCCGGAAUUUCUUCAGAGAUUCCUCCAAAAAUUCCUCCAGGGAUGUCUCCAGAAAUUCCUCUAGGGAUUUCUCCACAUAUCCAUCCUGGGAUUCCUCCAGGAAUUUCUUCAAAGAUUCCUCCAAAAAUACCUCCAGGGAUUUCUCCAGGAAUUCCUCCAGAGAUUCCUUCAGGAAUUCCUCCAGGGACUUCUACAGGAAUUUCUCCAGGGAUUCCUUCAGGAAUUCCUCCAGGAUUCCUCCAAACAUUCAUUCAGGAAUUUUUUUCAGAAAUUCCUCCAGGGAUUCCUCCAAGAAUACCUCCAGGGAUUCAUCCUGGGAAUCCUCCAGGAAUUUCUUUAAAGACUCCUCCAGGAAUUCCUCUAGGCCAGGGAUUUCUCCAGAAAUUUCUUUAAAGAUUUCUCCAGGAAUUUCUUUUAAGAUUCCUCCAAAAUUACCUCCAAGGAUUCCUCCAGGAAUACCGCCGAUAAAAAUCUUACAAAAAUUUUUACCAGGAAUUCCCGCAGAGAUUCCUCCAGAAAUUCUGUCUGGGAUUUCUUCAGGAAUUUUUCUUGAGUACUACAGGAAUACCGACGAUAAAUCUUUCAAAACAUCCACAUGGAAUUCAUCCAGGAAUUCCCGCCGAGAUUCCUCCAGGAAUACCACCAGGAAUUCCUCCAGGGAUUCCUUUAGAAAUUUCUCCGGGGAUCCCUCCAAAAAUUCCUCCUUAAAUUCAUCUAGGAAUUUCUUCAAAGACUCCUCCAGGGCUGCCUUCAGGAAUUCUUCCAGGGAUUCCUCUAGGAAUACCUCCAGGGAUUCUUCAAUGAAUUCCUCCGGUGAUUCCUCCAGGAAUAUUUUCAAAGAUUCCUCCAGUAAUACUUCCAGGAAUUAUUCCACGGACUCCUCCAGAAAUUUCUCUAGGAAAUCCUCCAGGGAUUCCUCCAAAAAUUCCUCCAGGAAUUUCUUCAGAGAUUUCUCCAAAAACACCUCCAGGGAUUUCUCCAGGGAUUUCUUUAUUAACUGCUUAAGGAAUUCCUCCAGGCCAGGAAUUUCUCCAGGGAUUCCUCUAGGAAUACCACCGAUGAAUCUUCCAAAAUUUCCACCAGAAAUUCCCACAGAGAUUUCUCCAGAAAUUCUUCCUGGGAAUUUUUCAGAAUAUUUUGUUGGAACUCUCCAGGAAUAUUUCAGGAAUUGCUCCCGGAAUACCGCCCAUAAAUCUUCCAAAAUAUCCACAGGGAAUUCAUCAAGGAAUUCCCGCCGAGAUACCUCCAGAAAUACCAACAGGAAUGCCUCCGGAGAUUCCUCUAGAAAUUUCUCCGAGGAUCCCUCCAAGAAUUCUUCCGGGGAUUAAUCCAGGAAUUUCUUCAAAGGCUCCUCUAAAGCUGCCUCCAAGAAUUCCCCCAGGGACUCCUCUAGGAAUACCUCCAGGGAUUCUGCAAAGAAUUCCUCCGCGGAUUCCUCCAGAAAUUUCUUCGAAGAUUCCUCCAGAAAUACCUCCAGAAAUUAUUCCAGGGACUCCUCCAGGAUUUUCUCCAGGGAUUCCUACAGGAAUUCCUCCAGGAGUUCUUCCAGGAAUUCCUCCAAGGAUUCAACCAGGGAUUCCUCCAGGAAUUUUUCCAGGGAUUCCUCCAGGAAUUCCUCCAUCGAUUCCUCCAGGAAUUCCUCCAGUGAUUCCUCCAGCAAUUCCUCCAGGAAUUCCUCCAGGAAUUCCUCCAGGGACUUCUCCAGGAAUUCCUCCAGGAAUUUCUCCGGGGAUUUCUCCAGGAAUUCCCCCAGGAACACAUCCAGGGAUUCAUCCUGGGAUUCCUCCAAAAAUUCUUCCAGGGAUUCCUCCAGGAAUUCCUCCAGGGAUUCUUCCAGGAAUUCCUCCAAGGUUACCUCCAAAAAUUUCUCCUGUAAUUGCUCGUGGGAUUCCUCCAAGAAUACCUCCAGGGAUUCCUUCAGGAAUUCCUCCAGGGAUUCUUCCAGGAAUUCCUCCAGGAAUUUCUCCAUGGAUUCCUCCAAAAAAUCCUCCAGGGAUUUCUGCAGAAAUUCCUCCAGUGAUUUCCCCAAGGAUUCCUCCAGGAAUACCUCCAGGGAUUUCUCCAAGGAUUCCUCCAGGAAUUCCUCCAGGGAUUCUUCCAGGAAUUCCUCCAGGAAUUUCUCCAUGGAUUCCUCCAGUGAUUUCUCCAGGGAUUCCUCCAGGAAUACCUCCAGGGAUUUUUCCAAGGAUUCCUCCAGGAAUACCUCCUGGGAUUCAUCCUGGGAUUCCUCCAAAAAUUCCUCCAGGGAUUGCUCCAGGAAUUUCUUCAAGGAUUCUUCCAAAAAUACCAAAAAAUCCACCAGGAAUUCCCGCAGAGAUUCCUCUUGAAAUUCUUCCUGGGGUAGCUUCAGGAAUUUUUCUUGGAAUACUACCGCCGAUAAAUCUCCCAAAAUAUCCACAUGAAAUUCAUCCAGGAAUUCCCGCCAGGAAUUCCCCCAGGAAUUCUCCAGGGAUUUCUCCAGAAAUUUGUACAGAGAUUACUCCAGUAAUCCCUCCAGGGACUCCAGGAAUUUCUCCUGGAAUUCCUCCAGGAAAUUCACCAGGGAUUCCUCCAGGACUUCCUCUUGGGAUUCCUCCAGGGAUUUCUCCAAGAAUUCUUCUGGGGAUUCCUUCACAAUAUUUUUCCGGGAUUUCAUCAAGAAUUCCACAGGAAUUUAGAUGGAAUUCUCGGAUAAAUUUUAGAAGGAAUUUCUAGAGAAAUUCCAGCAUUUUCUGCAGAAAUUUCUGAAGGAAUUCCAGGAAGAAUUUCUGGAGAGAUUCCUGGCGAAUUUUUCUGAAGAAUUCCUAUAGGUAUUUCUUUAGGGUUUCCCGGAGAAAUUUUUGGAGAAUUUCCCAGACGAGUUUUUAGAGGAAUUUCCGGAAGAAUUACUGAAAAAAUUCCUAAAAUAAUGUGUGGAUAAAUUCUUGGAAUAUUUCCCGGAGGACUUUCUAAAGGAAGAAAUAAAAAAAAAUCUGGUGGCAUUUACGAAGAAAUUCCCGGAGGAAUUCUGAGAGGUAUCUCAGGAAGAGUUCCCAUAGAAGUUUCCGUUGGAAUUCUCGAAGAAAUUUCUGGGGAAAUGCCUGGAGGAAUUUCUAAAGGAAUACCUAGAGGAAUUUAUCCUGGAUCUUUUUUCAGAAAUUCUUUAAAAAAUCCUCGAUGAAUCCUUCCAAAAAUUCUUCCGGACAUUCCUCCAGAAUUUUCUUCAGAAAUUGCUUUAGGAAUUCCUACAAAAAUUCUUUGAGAAUUUUCUCCAGGAAAUCUUUCAAAAGUUUUUCCUGGAAUUCUCACAUUGUCAAAAGAUUACAGGAUUUCCUUCAAAAAUUCCGAGGGGGGUUCCUCCGAGAACACCGAAACAUAUUCUUCAGGGAAUUUCAACAGGGAUUGCUACGGAAAUUUCGUAACUCCUAAGGAAUCCCAGGAAAAAUUCCUGGUAGAAUUUUUGGAGGAAUUCCACGAGGAAUCCCUGGAGAAAUGUCUGGAGGAAUCCUCGAAAAAUUUCCUGCAGGAAUUCCAGGAGAAAUCCGAGGAGGCAUUCCUUGAGAAAUCUCGGGAGGAUUUCCUUGAGGAGUCCCGGAAGGAGUUCAUGGAGGAAUCCCUUAAGAAAGCCCUAGAAGAUUUCCUGGUGGAUUUUAUGAAACAAUCCCUGGAAGAAUUCCUGGAUGAUUUUCUGGAGAAAUCCUUGAAGUUGUUUAUGGAGGAAUCCCUAUUAGAAGCCAUGGAGGGUUUCCUUGAGAAAUCCAUGGGGGAAUUCCCAGAGAAAUCCCUUGAGGAACUUCUGGAAAAAUCCAUAGCGAAGUUUUGGAGGCAUCUUUGAAAGAAUUUCUAGAGAAAUUCCAAGAGGAAUACAUGGAGGAAUUUCUAGAGGAAUCAAUGGAGGAUUUCUUGGAGGAAUCCCUGGAAAAGUUCCCGGAGGAAUACCUGGGGGAAUUCCCGGAAAAAUCCCUGGGGCAAUUACCGGAGGAAUCCCUGGGAGGAUUUCCGGAGAAAUCCCUGGGGGAAUUCCCGGAGGAAUCCCUGGGGGAAUUCCCGGAGGAAUCCCUGGGGGAAUUCCCGGAGGAAUCCCUGGGGGAAUUCCCGGCGGAAUCCCUGGAGAAAUUCCUGGAUGAAUUCCAGGGAAUCCCUGGAGGAAUUCCUGGAAGAACUCCUUGAGGAAUCCCUGGAAAAGUCCCUGGAGGAAUUACUGGAAGAAUUCCUUGAGAAAUUCCUGGAGGAAUUUUUGGAGGAAUCUUUGAAGAAAUCCCUGCAGGAAUCCCAGGAUGAAUUCCUGGAGGUAUCCCUGGAGAAAUCCCUGGAGGUAUUCCUGGAGGAAUCCCUGGAGAAAUCCCUGAAGGAAUUUCUGCAGAAAUCCCUGGAGGAUUUUUGGAGGAAUCCCUGGAGAAAUUCCUGAGAAUCCCUGAAGGAAUCCCUGGAGGAUUUUUUGAAGGACUCCCAGGAUGAAUCCCUGGAUGUCUUCCUGGAGGAAUUCCUGGAGAAAUCCCUGGAGGUAUUUUUUGAGGAAUCUUUGAAGAAAUUCCUGCAGGAAUCCCAGGAUGAAUCCCUGGAGGUAUUCCUGGAGGAAUCCCUGGAGAAAUUUCAGGAUAAAUUUUUGGAGGUAACCCUGGAAGAAUUCCUGAAGGAAUCCCCGGAGAAAUUCCUGGCGGAAUUCUUGGACAGAAUCCUGGCGGAACUCCUGCAGAAAUUCCUGGCGGAAUUCCUGGAGAAGUCCCUGGAGGAAUUCCUUGAGGAAUUCCUGGAGGAAUCACUGGAGGAAUCCAUGGAGGAAUUCCUGGAGGAAUCCUUGGAAAAAUUUCUGGA